AUGUACAAGAAAGAGAAUCAGAAGCCAAUGGAGCCUCGCGAAGACUCCGCGUUUGCAUGGAUGUCCUCCUCGACGUGCUCUCUUCGCUAUUUUAUUCGCUGCUACCGAAGGCGGUCAUUACGUCGAGCUUUCCUUCGAUCUGCAAGUAUGAAGGUCAUCGCAUUGUUUAUUGUGCUAUGUCUAGCGCAAUCCAUCACAGGAUGUUGGCGUGCCCAGACCCUCACUUUUGGGAAAUUCAAAGACAUUGGCCUUCUAACAUUUGCAUACAAAUAUAUGGGGGAUAUGGUUGAAGAUUGGUUCCAACGAAAAUUCGACAAAAACGAUCCAUUCGGCAAUUAUAAGGUUCUCUCAUAUAAGGAUGGAGGCCGAUUCGAAUUCGUUCAUUACCCUUUCUUCAUUCUGCAAUACGAUGAGAGGAGGGAAGUUUACAAACCAUACUACUUUGAAUACAUAGAGGAGGAGGACAAGACAACAAAGAAGUUCACUCGCAAAAUAGGUCCGUUGACCGAAGAGGAAUUCACAACUAAAUAUAACCAUUGCAAGAAAGUGGUGAUAAUGGUCGUCUUGAACAAAACUUUGUCCACUUCGAUGAAAAUAAAUUUCGCAGUUGUGAUAUUGUGUAACCUUUGA